UUGCCGUCCGGUCUGAGUUGAAGGAAGAUGGCGGCCAUUGAUGGAAUGGGGCUGCCGCUGCUGUUUUAAGCGAUGAAAGGCAGUUUAUUGUGUGUUUUAUGACAUAUUUUUAAGAUACAAGAAGAAACAGGAGAGCAUGCAGGACGGAGUGUCUCACCUGUGACGUAGAAUCACCAACAACAGAUUAACUCCUGCUUCCUGUUUUCCAUCGUGGACCUGGUGCUCCCUCUCUCUGACACCUGCACAUAUAUCGUCUGAUGGACUUGACUCCAUCGUCAGGCUUCAAAAGGAGGCCGGCUGCCUCCUCGUCCUCCCCGGGUGGAGUCAGAGAGGUGGCCCGGAGUCCUCCUCCCUGCUCUCCAUCCUUAUCCGUGUCCUCUCCUUCGUCUCCUUCAUCAUCGCCCUUGUCUACCUCCUCCUCCGUCUGCAUCAACACGUCCGUGUAUCAGAACCAUGUGAAGGGUCCGCCCACAGGGAUGGAGCUGCCGCGGGUCUCCUCCACCUCUGCCCCUGUAGGAGAGCAGUCUCUCUCCGCACCUCCACCCAACACCACCUCCUCAGCUCAGCCCGAUGACUGUGAGUCAGAGGGAAUCAAAAAGGAGAUGUACGACCCUUUCAGUCCUACCGAGGGAGCGAAGGAGGGAGAGAAGUACGACCCCUUUGACCCCACAGGAUCCCCGGCCUCAGACGCCGACGAUGGAGGAGGAGAAGGUGGUGAGAUGCAGAGAGAUGCAGAGCGAGAGGAGGAGGAGGAGGAGAAAGAGGAAGAACCUCCAGAUUCCACUGACACCCUGACGGGCCGUCCCAGCCCCCGCCGGACCUCCCCCCUCCACCUGAGGAGGAGGGUGGACUGUAGAACCAGAGCAGGACCGCAAAGGGAGGGGGGCGACUCGGAGAACUCUGAGAUAGAGGAGGGGGAGAUCGUGGGCGCCGCUGACAGAGAGGGAGGUAAAAAGAGAGCCGCAGGAGAAACCCUCACCCUCAACUCUCCCAGCGUCUCCUUCUUCGGCUCGAAGCCAGAGCGGAUCCUGCGGGUGCUGGACGGGGACGGCUUUGUGUCCGUGCGUACAGAGGGCAUGUGGGAGGCGGAGCCAGAGGAGGAGCCAGUUGUAGGAGUGGAGGAUCUGAGGAGGAAGCUGGUCAGCAGACGAAAAGAAAGAUAUCUUUCUUUUCCUCCAUCUUCACCCCUCUCUCCUCACACGCCUCCUCUCCCCUCCCAUACUCCGGCCUCUGCUCCCCCCUCCCCCCUCACUCCUCCUGUGGAGCAAAACACUAAGACCACUAAGUCCUCCAAGACCUCCAAGGACCGGGACCCGCAGAAGAGCAAAGACAGGAAGGCUGGGGACAAGGAGGAGAGGAGGAAAAAGAGGAGAAAGGACAAAGAGGGAGGUCAAGAGAGGAGCAAAGAGAAGGAGGGAGGACAGAAGAAGGAGGCUAAAGUCAGGAGGAGCAGCAGGAGCAGCAGCAGGAAGAGGAAGAAACGACGUCACAGCAGCAGAGAGACGUCAUCGGGACGAGCAGGACACGGCAGACACUCGUUCUCAAGUCAGUCUGAAGACCGACACAGAGACAGAGAGAAAGAGAGAGAGAGAGACAGGACAAGAGAGAGGGAGAAGGAGAGAGACAAGGAGAGAGACAAGGAGAGAGACAAGGAGAGAGACAAGGAGAGGGAGAGAGAGAGAGGGCGAGAGAGAGACAGGGACCGAGACAGAGAUCAAAGUCGCACCACAAGUCGAAGACGAGACGACAGAGAUCAAGACUCUAGAAAGAAGGAGAGUGAGAGGAGGGGGAGACGGUCGAGCAGCAGAGAGCGAGGCGGGUCAAAGAGGAGUCGAGAAAAGAGAGACGGGGAGAGAGAGAGGGAGCGGCGACGGGAUGGUCGACCUGUCGUCCCUCCGUCCAUCCAAGACCUCAACGGCUCAGACCUCUUUGCCAUCAAACGCACCAUCACCGUCACCACCACCACGACCACCACCACCUUACCCGGCUCCCCUAGACUCAGCCCCACCUCCCCUCUGCGGCCCCUGCAGGACUCUGACAAACCCCACAAGAAGAAGAAGAAGAGGAAGUGGCACUCUGCCGGGGAGGGGGACGAUCGAGGGAGCGUGCACAGCCGCUCUCAGUCUCUCUCUCCCCCGAGGUAUCACAGCUACGAUUCAGAUCACUACUCAGACAAACUGGAGAUCGACGUGCUGUCUUUGGACGGCGAGGCUUUGGACUCUGACUACCCCUCUCUUGAGGACACUCCCCCUGCAGUCCUGCCUCCUGAGCCACCUGUCCCCUCCCCCAAGACUAAACCCACCCCCAAGAGCGGACGACACCAGAAGAAGAAAUCUCGCACGCUUAAAAAAACCGGCCCGUCUGACUCCUCCUCCAACAGAACCAAAAACAAAUGCCUCUCUUCCAUGAUGGUGACCUCAGGCUCCGCCCCCGUCUCCUCCGGCCCUCCCACAAAGAGAGCCAGGAAGGUGGGUAAGGACAAAGAGCGGGAGAAAGGAGGCAGGAAGGAGCUGGGUCGCUCGGGAAAGUCUAAGAAAGAGGGCGGAGCCAGUCGAAAAGGCAAGCUUCAGUCCAAAGUGUCUGUUUUGGUGCGUGAGGGUGUGAGCAGCACCACGGGCGCCGUCAGCUCGGGGAAGCUCCCGAUGGACCUGCUGGGACCAGGAGGAGCAGGAGGGGGCUCUGGGAGCUCCGUGGUGGGGGGCUCCAUCGCUGUAGUCUUCUGCAGGGACAACGAGAGUCGGUCUCCAUUCCUCAAACCGUGCUCUGAGCCGCUGUCUCUGGGGGGCCGGGGGAAGGAGCAUGCACUGGGGAAGAGGAGCGGUCUGGCCGCUCCUCCUCCCUCCUCCUUAACAUCUUCUGCAGGACUCAAAGCCAAGAAGACCAAACCCAGUUCCAUCACCUCCACCUCCUCCUCCGCCUCCUCCCCAUCGUCCACUCUGGCCACCAAACGCCGCCGUCGCCUGGGGAAGAAAACCAGAGAUAAAAGUGGAGCUGCAGGACUGACAGCUGGAGACAACAGCCAAUCAAAGGCCUCCUCUGAGGUUUGGGGCGGGCCUUCCCUCGACGGUCAGUCGGCCGCUGGAGACGGAAACAAGUCAGUCAGUCCACAUCCGGGUCCAGCUGGCCCUGCACCCUGCUCCUCAUCCUCUUCCUCAUCCUCCUCCUCCACCAGUGUACUCCCUCCCUCCUCCUCCCCCCCGCACACCCCGCCCCCCUCCAUGGCCGUCAUGAGGGACACCAGAGAGUCUUCACCAGACUCUCAGACUGUGGACAGCAGCUGUAAGACCCCAGACCCUUCUUUCCUAGCAGAGGACUGUCCCACCCAGACCAGCCCUGUCCUCCCGGCGUCCAGCCCGUCCAGCAUGACGGCCCCCCAGGGAGCCGGACUGUCGACGCCCACGGCCAAGCCCCCGCCUCCAGACGAGGCAACCAAAUCUUUGUCCUCCCCUCCCUGCUCGUCCUCCUCAGCAGGCCUGAGCUCCCUCUCGCUGUCCUCCUCUGACCCCUCCUCCUCUGUGUCCUCCUCCUCUGCUACUAAACCCCCCCCUCCUCCCCCCCCUCCUGCAGCCCCCGUCCUCCCCUGGAGUCUGCAGACCGGCGUGGACUGCACCACCGGAGGCGUUCUGGCCUUGACCGCUUUGCUCUUUAAGAUGGAGGAGGCGAACAUCGCCAGCAGAGCCAAAGCACAGGAGUUCAUUCAGGCCACCAGCCAGAUCCUCUCACAGGCCAAUCAGAGCCAGUCCCAGCAGCAUGCCCCGCCUUCCUCAGCAUCCUCUGCCUCCUCACAGAUCCCGCCCCCACCCUCUCUUCCUCCACCGACUGGUCUGAGCCCUGCCCAGUUCAUCCUCCACGGCUCCCUCCCAUUGGUCGGCUGCACAAAGACCCCGCCUUCUCUCUUGCAUGCCUCCAUGGGCGGAGGAUGUGCACAGACUCCGCCUCCAAUGUUGCCCUCGGGGCUGUCUGGGAGUGGUGGUGACACUGGGUGGGACAACGAGAGCAAAGACCCCGAUAAGUACCUGAAGAAGCUGCACACUCAGGAGCGAGCGGUGGAGGAGGUGAAGCUGGCCAUCAAGCCGUACUAUCAACGCAAAGACAUCAACAAGGAUGAUUACAAAGACAUCCUGAGGAAAGCUGUGCACAAGAUCUGCCACAGCCGCACCGGAGAGAUCAACCCGGUCAAGGUGAGUAACCUGGUGAAGCUGUACGUCCAGCGCUACAAAUACUUCCGGAAACAUGGCCGUAAAAUGGAUGAAGAGGAGCGAGAGGAGCUGCACUCCUGAGAGAAGACUUUUUACACAUGAACCCCCCUAAACACUGCGUUCUGCUCCACGUGCAUUUUUAUGAUCUGAUGUUUUUAUGAUUUCACAGCCCGCCUCGUCUCUGCUUACCUGUGAUCCUCCUGAAGUGUGUGAUCUCACUGUAAAUAUGUCUCACAUAUUAAACUGUAUCAUGUAAACAAUGUUAAACAGGUGGAUGCUGUGAUGCACACCUGUGUGUUCUGAUAAAGGUCCAGUACACUAAGCCUGCAAUAAAUGCUACCUUUGUGAAGCUCA